CUGGACAAAAGUUGGUAAUGGCAUUAGGAUUCUCUCAUCCUAUUGAUUUUGUAUUACCACAAGGUAUUGCUGCAGUAGUAGACAAAGAUCCAAAAGAUAAGCAACUUAUUGGUGAAACCGCAGCUAAGCUUAGAAAACUUAAAGCACCUGAACCAUACAAAGGUAAAGGAAUUAGAUACUUCGGUGAAACAAUCAAACUUAAAGCUGGUAAAGCUGCUAAGAAA